UCCGAGGUCUCGCCACCGUAAACUGAAGGCGGAAACAAAAGAGCUCUCAUAAAUUCACAAACCGUAAACCGGCUGCUGGGCAAGGAAAUGAACUGCAAUUGCUGAUUGUGACAGCAUCUAUAUCGAAAUUGAAACGGAAAAAAAGUGACGUGAAAUAUUUUGAAGUUCGGCUACACCAGUCAACAUGGCACUGAAGAGAAUAAAUAAGGAGCUGCAGGACCUGCAAAGAGACCCUCCAGCACAGUGUUCUGCUGGACCCGUGAGCGACGACUUGUUUCAUUGGCAGGCGACAAUCAUGGGCCCGUGUGACAGUCCUUACCAAGGAGGCGUUUUCUUUCUCACAAUCCACUUCCCCACCGACUACCCCUUCAAGCCACCAAAGGUAGCGUUCACGACAAAAAUUUAUCACCCAAAUAUCAACAGCAACGGGAGUAUUUGUUUGGACAUUCUACGGUCGCAGUGGUCUCCUGCACUAACUGUGUCAAAAGUGCUAUUGUCCAUAUGUUCUUUGCUGUGUGAUCCAAACCCGGAUGACCCUUUAGUUCCAGAUAUAGCACAGCUGUACAAGAAUGACAAAGAAAAAUACAACAAAUUAGCAAAAGAAUGGACCCAAAAGUAUGCCAUGUAACAAAAACAAAGUUGCAUUUUAAACAUGUUUUUUUUUCCCUUUGUAUUUUUGAAGUCACAAAACACUGUAAAAUAUAGGAAUGAAUUGAAUAAUCUCCAAUCAACAGUACAAUGACAUUAUUCUCACCCCUUGAGGCUCACGCAGCUCAAGUAAAAGCAGCAUGUUUCAGUGCUUUUUAGUCAUUUUUAAAAAUCGGAAAGUUUUUGUUGCGAAUCGUAGCAUUCUUCUCGUUCGAGUAAAAACGAUAAGCUGCCCUUCAGCCACAAGGAAGAAUGCCAAAUAUGCUAUCCCUGAUUUAACUAUUUCUAGAAUUCAAAAUGGACACUCUUAUUAUCAUUAUAUUUUUAAUCUCCUUUAACAAUGUAACUUGGACAUAGGUUUUUUGACUUGCUGUAUGCAAUUACACUGAAUGAAACAAUGUACAGGUGCUGUCUUUCCAAAACAAACCGGUUUGAAAUUAAUAACUCAUUGCUGUCUUGUUUUUGUUUGGCAUUUUGAAAAAGUAUUCCUAUUUCACCAAAUUGGGAUCAUCUACCUGUCAACCUGCAAGUGAAAAGAAUGGACUUUUCUCCCCUGAGAAUUGCUCAGGUGUUUUUUUUUCUUUUUUGAUUCAAAACGGAUCAUAUUUGUAGUUUGUCUUAUAGGUUAAAAUGUGAUUGACAUUUUUAUCAAAGUUACAGAAAGUGUGAGAAGCUUUUCGCUGUGUUCCUGUACAAAUUGUUUCAUGCGUCUGAUGCCUACAGGGCAAAUUUUGUAUUAAAAUAAAGAAUGGUACAGUCCAA